AUGCACUCCGUCUAGAGCUGUCUAGUGCCUUGCAUAAACACACAUGACAUAAGCAUGAAUAAAUAACAGUAGAUUUAUAAUAAUAUAACCUUUAGAACUUGAAUUAAACCGCUCAUCUCAAAGAUUCAGGAUGCAUUCGCGGAUGUUAAUGAAAGGAACAGCAGCAGCUGUCGCUGCGAGGAGAAUUCGUCAUAUUUUGGGACCUGUGGUGUCAAAGGAAGGUUGGAAGUGCAGCGCUCAUGAGGUCAAACUCCUCAACACCUCCUCAGGUGACACAGUAAAAAUAGGCGAGAUCUCAUAUCACCUCAAAACCCCCAGAAAUCCAGAACUUGUGCCCGUAAAUCAUAUGAUGGAGGCUGUACCACAAACUAUCACCCAGCACCUUCGCUGGAUAAUGCAGAAGGACCUGCUUGGACAGGAUGUGUUCCUCAUUGGCCCUCCUGGUCCUCUGCGGCGUUCAAUUGCAAUGCAGUACCUGGAGUUAACAAAGCGAGAAGUUGAAUAUGUUGCUCUGUCCAGAGACACUACUGAGACUGACCUCAAACAGCGCAGAGAGAUUCGCUCUGGGACAGCCUUUUACAUAGACCAGUGCGCUGUCCGAGCUGCAACCGAGGGUCGGAUUCUGGUCCUAGAGGGACUGGAGAAGGCAGAGAGGAAUGUGUUGCCAGUUCUCAAUAACCUGCUGGAGAAUCGAGAGAUGCAGCUGGAAGACGGCCGCUUUCUCAUGUCAGCACAGCGCUAUGAUAAACUGCUGGAGGAGCAUAGCAAAGAAGAGCUGGACGCAUGGAAGAUAGUUCGGGUGAGUGAGGAUUUUCGGGUCAUUGCUCUCGGUCUGCCCGUCCCCCGAUACAAAGGAAACCCGCUGGAUCCGCCGCUCCGAUCUCGCUUUCAGGCCAGAGACAUCUACUAUCUUCCCUUCAAGGACCAGCUAGAACAUCUGUAUACAAUUGGACCAAACGUGCCAGCUGAAAGGGUGUCCCAGCUCUUGUCUUUUGCCACUACUCUUUGCUCUCAAGAGUCUGCAAGCUUAAGCCUGCCUGACUUCCCUGUGGACAAUCUACCAUCUGCUCUCACAGUUCUGAACCUGUUCCCCAUGCUGUCAGCACAGCAGCUGGUCCAGAGGCUUUACCCAUACGAGGCCAUGUUGGGAAAGGAGGGCCGCACAGCAGUGGAGGGGGUACUCGGUAGGUUUAAGUUGACUGAUGGUAGCAAGAAGCCUUCUCCGACUGCAGUGAUGAAUGUUGAGCCUGUAAUUGGAGAUCACCCAGGACAGGCAUCGGUCACCGUCAGCAUUGCUGACCACAACAUCAGCUUUCAGGUUCCUUCAGGAACAAGGCCGAUUCGCCCACACAACAGCAGCCCUGCAUUCAUUGGCACCCCCUCCCAUGACCGCCUGCUGGCUGAGAUGAUGCAGUCCCACCUCGUCAAAGACAUUUGUCUGAUCGGAGCCAAGGGUUGUGGCAAGUCCCUGAUUGCCCGAGAGUUCGCUGAAAUGCUGGGCUACAGCACUGAACCAAUUAUGCUUUAUCAGGACAUGACAGCGCGGGACCUCCUCCAGCAGCGGUACACCCUGCCUAAUGGAGACACAGCCUGGAGGGCGUCCCCGCUGGUCACUGCUGCUCAGGAGGGAAAGCUGGUGCUGCUGGACGGCAUCCACCGUGUCAACCUGGGCACUCUAGCUGUGCUAUCCAGGUUGCUGCAUGACAGAGAGUUGGCUCUGUACGACGGGACUCGGCUACUCCGGUGGGACCGUUACCAAACUCUAAAAGAGGAACUACAGUUCACUGACCAGCAGCUACAAGACAGAUCCAUUUUCCCAAUCCACCCUUCAUUCCGUGUCAUCGCUCUAGCAGAGCCCCCACAGGUCAGCAGCACCAUGCAGCAGUGGCUCGGCCCGGAGAUUCUCACAAUGUUUCUCUUUCACACCAUCAAACCACUGGCCAAGGCUGAGGAGAUGGCUGUUCUACAGGGCAUGGUCCCAAAUGUUCCCAGUGAGGCCAUUGAGCAGCUGCUACACUUGACUCACAGCCUGAGAAAAUCCAAUGAUCCAACGGCCCUGUCCCUUGCGUCUUCAUUGUCCACCAGGCAGCUGUUGAGAAUCUGUCGGCGUCUUUCUCAAUAUCCACAGGAGAGCGUUUCUCACGCUGUCAACAAAGCCUGUCUGUCCAGGUUCCUCCCCAGCCUGGCUCGCUUGUCUCUUCAGAAGAGUCUGGUGAACGUCUCAAUAGAGGAGCAGCCUGACACAGCAGCAGAACAAAACCACCAAUACACUUGCACUGUAAAAGAUGGACUUCUAACCAUUGGGAACAUUUCAGCUCCUGUGUACAGUCCUGAUGAGAAGAUGAAGGUCCCAGAUGUGCUCUUUUAUGAGAAUGUUCAGCACAUGAUGGUAAUGCAGGACAUGCUGAAGGACUUCCUGUUGGGGGAACACCUGCUUCUGGUGGGGAACCAGGGUGUUGGGAAAAACAAAAUCGUUGAUCGAUUCUUGCAUCUCAUGAACAGACCGAGAGAAUAUCUUCAGCUUCAUAGAGAUACUACAGUCCAGACGUUAACACUGCAGCCCUCUGUGAGAGAUGGAAUCAUUGUUUAUGAAGACUCUCCACUGGUGAAAGCUGUGAAGAUGGGAUACAUCCUUGUUAUAGAUGAAGCUGACAAAGCUCCCACAAAUGUGACGUGUAUUCUGAAGACACUGGUGGAGAGUGGAGAGAUGAUCCUGGCUGACGGAAGGAGAAUAGUGUCAGAUCUAUUGGAUGCAGCAGGACGGCCUAAUGCCAUUCCCAUGCAUCCAGACUUUCGCAUGAUUGUUUUAGCUAACCGACCUGGUUUUCCUUUCCUGGGAAAUGACUUCUUUGGAGCACUUGGGGACAUAUUUAGCUGCCAUGCAGUGGACAACCCCAAGCCGCAGCAGGAGUUUGCCAUGCUGAAGCAAUAUGGGCCGGACGUUCCUGACGCUAUUCUCCAGAAACUUGUGGCUGCAUUCGGAGAGCUCCGGUCCAUGGCAGACCAAGGAACCAUCACAUACCCGUACUCUACACGAGAAGUGGUCAACAUCGUCAAACACCUGCAGAAAUUUCCAGACGAGGGACUGGCCAACGUGGUGAGGAAUGUGUUUGACUUUGACUCCUAUAACAAGGACAUGCGAGAGGUUCUGAUCACAGCUCUGCACAAGCACGGCAUUCCGAUCGGAGCCAAACCCACCAGCGUGCACCUGGCUAAGGAGUUGCCAUUACCAGACUAUAAGAUGGCAGGGUACUGGACCAUCAAUCAGGGUGGCAAUGCACGCCGAAAGCUGCUGUGUCCAGCAGAGUCCCAUCGCAUAGAAAUCAAGGGCCCAGUGUUUCUGCGAGUUCAGAGUUAUCCCUCUGAGAGACACGAGUCCAGAGCUAUGAGCUUCACAGAGGAACAGGCUCACUGGCAGAUCCCCAUGAACGAGGUUAACAUCGUCUGUGAUGUCACCACUGCUAACGGUUCAAUUUAUGUUGCCACAUGUAACCCUGUAUCACUGUAUGCGAUGAAGGAGAAAGGGGGCUCAGUACAGUGCAUUGAGCUCAAUGACAUCUUCCCUCGUACCAUCAGUGGAGUUUGGCAGCCCUUCGUCUCUGUGGCAGCACUGGGCAGCCUGCUGCAGGACCAGGUGGUGCUGCACGAAGAACAGGGUAACACAGUUCUGCAUCUGGACUUGGUUACUGGUGCUGUCAGGAGACUGGUUCUGUCUCAGGACAAAGAGGAGGAACCAGUGCGCAAGACUUCAAACUGGUGGAGCAAUAAAGAGAGUCAGCCAGGAUACAAAAUGUGCAAGGAGUUUGCCCACAAGAACUGGCUUCUGUUCUACAAGGAAAAUGGGAGUCAGCUGGAUGUUGUUGAUGUUCUAGAAGGUCAGGUUCACACCAUCUCCCUCCCCAUCAACCUCAAGGCUGUAUUCCUGGUGGCUGAAGACCGCUGGCUACUUAUUGAGAGCAAGACUGACAGGAAGUUCCUGCUGACAAAGCCUAUGCACAUGGGCUCAGAGGAGACAGGAGUGUGCCAGCUGCACACCAUCACUGAAGAUGCUGUUAACACCGGCUUUGGCACCAACUCGGGGAUGGAAGCCACUGCUCCUCAGGAGGUCUCAAGUGAGCAGCUGCCCAAUGAGAACCUGAGUUCUGCCCUGGGACAGAAAAUCGUCUCUCCCAACCGCAUCAUCUGCGACACAAACACCUAUGCUAAUGUUAUUGUGGGCUUCCCUGAUCUCAUGUCCCCAAAUGAAGUGUACACCUUUAAGAGACAGUCACCCAUAACAGAGGGGCGGGGACCUGAUAUGUUUUUUGGGUCAAGUAAACAAACAGGGCCUGCAAAGAGAGUUAACUGUGUCUGUCUAUUAAGUGCCAAUCAAGUGGUCCGAGCACUUCCCCCAACACAAGUACCGCUGUCUGAUAUUUACCCUAAAGAUAUCACACCACCCAUGGCCGCUGCUUACCUGGAAGUGACUGACCUGAAUUCUAAGAAACUCAAAUACAUUCCGGUUCCAAGGAGCAGCUCCAUGUCUCCCUAUACUGUGUGGAUCUCAAAGGUGUCAGACACAGAUGUAGUGAUGGCUCCUCUGGGCUCUGGUGGGGUGGUGACUGUGGACAUGGGAGGUUACGUCAGGCUAUGGGAAACAGGACUUGACAGCCUGCAGCGCUCUUUGAUGGAGUGGAGGAACAUGAUUGGAGCGGAGGAUGGCAGGCCUUUACAGAUCACCAUUCAGAGAGACAGUGGGCUAGACAUUAGCUCCCCGAAACAUGGCAAGAUUGACCCCAAAAACGCCCCUCAUGUAGGGGGGAACCAGUGGGCUGGGGGCACAGGUGGCAGAGAUACGGCAGGUCUUGGGGGAAAGGGAGGCCCCUACCGUCUGGACGCCGGACACAAAGUUUACCAGAUCUCCCAGGCGGAGAAAGACAGUGUGCCCGACGAAGUAAAGAGAGCGGCACGGGAUAUGGCGGAGAAAGCUUUCAAGCAGAGGCUCAAGGAGAUUGAGAUGAGUGAGUACGAUGCCUCCACAUACGACCGUUUCUCAGGAGCAGUCAGACGACAAGUCCAGUCACUCCGCAUCAUCCUGGAUAGCCUGCAGGCUAAAGGGAAGGAGAGGCAGUGGCUGAGGAAUCAGGCUCUCGGUGAGCUGGAUGAUGCAAAGAUCAUUGAUGGUCUGACAGGAGAGAAAGCCAUUUAUAAACGCAGAGGAGAGCUGGAACCUGAGCUUGGGUCUCCUCAGCAGAAGCCGAAGCGCUUACGUCUGCUUGCAGACGUCUCUGGCAGCAUGUACCGCUUUAACGGUGUGGACGGACGUCUGGAGCGCUCCAUGGAGGCUGUGUGUAUGGUGAUGGAGGCGCUCGAAAGCUAUGAGCACAAGUUUAAAUAUGACAUUAUGGGACACUCAGGAGACGGUUUUGACAUAGAACUGGUCAGAUGUGACAAAGUGCCCAAGAACAACAAGGAGAGGCUAAAGGUUUUGAAGACCAUGCAUGCCCACUCUCAGUUCUGUAUGAGUGGAGACUACACACUGGAGGGCACCGAACACGCUGUAAAGGAACUGGCACAUGAAGAAGCCGAUGAGCAUUUUGUCAUUGUGUUGAGUGAUGCCAACCUGGAGCGCUACGGUAUCAGUCCCGAUCGAUUCGCACGUGCCCUCACAAGUAACCCGCAGGUCAAUGCCUUUGCCAUCUUUAUUGGUUCCCUAGGAGACCAGGCGGACAGGCUCCAGAAAACUUUGCCGGCUGGACGUUCUUUUGUCGCCAUGGACACCAAGCAGAUCCCUCAAAUCCUUCAGCAGAUUUUCACAUCCACCAUGCUGUCUAGUGCCUGAGAGAACUCCAGCAGUCGGGUGAAUCUCAAGAAACAUGCUGGUCACUGGUAAACCAACGGUGAUCACUGCAUCCAGUAGUAACCGUGGGAAUCUCGCAAAAAACACGUCCAGGUCACAUUUCACUUUAAAAUCAAAAGAAAAAUAAAUUAAAUCUUGCAUUCAGUAAAUUAAGCCUGUUUGUAGGACUUUUUGCAUUCUGACAUUGAUUUACUGACAAAAUAAGCACAUUUUCACCCCAAAUUUUCAUUACCAUAUCCAUUUUUGAUUUUGAUUUUGGUUUGUGUGAAUGGAGCUUCUAUUUCUGAAACAAAAGAGAUUCCAUUAUAAUCUUUACCAACAAUCCCAGAGACCUGUCUGCCCUCAAUACACCUUCAGUCACAAUUCACAAGAGCCACAGCUUUGUGUAUGGGAUAUCUCUCAUAUAAAUACAUAGUAGUUUUAUAUGUCAAGAGCCAAGUGUAUGAGACUAGAAUAUUUGUACAUGAAGUGUGCAAUUAUAGAUGAUGUUUAAACAUAGAGCAUUGAACAUAUUAACUUUUGACAUUAUCUACAUGCAUGCAUAGAAAUGUAUGCAUGUAGAUAAUGUCAAAAGUUCAUAUGUUCAAUGCUCUAUGUUUAAACAUCAUCUAUACUUAUGAUAAAAGUGCCCUCUCAGGUGAGUGCAUUUGUUUGAUUGUAUGCUUAAUAGGGCUGGGCAAUACAAAUAAAUUAUAUCUUAAUUUUUUGGUGAUAUUUAAUAUAAAUCUCAAUAUGUAUGUAUUUGCUCUGAAAAGGGUUCAUAGGUUGUUGUUGUUGUUUUUUUCAGACAGAGGAAGCAAAAUGUCAACCAAACAGCCAUUGUAACCAAGUAGAUUCAGAACAUUUGAUGCAAGAACUAAAAUAUAAUAAAAAUUGAUGUAAAAAUAA